AUGCAUUCGACCUUCCACGUCCAAAAUGGGAAUUUCCGUACAUGUGGCGAAAUAGUCGCCACUUCAAUUACACAAGGUGGCUCAUCACCAUGUUUUCUGCAACCAUGUGCAUUUGACGCUCUGUGGAAAGAACUUGACGUGUUAAAUAUUAGUGAUGAAGAUCUAACAAAAAGAAAGAACAUUCGGUUCUCGACGAGGUGAGAGCCAAUUGUUUGACUCAUACCGAUCUCAUCAUUGAAAAUUGCUAUUCAGGUGAAGUAACCAUUGACCAGCCUAGACCUAGGCCUUCUAUUUUUAUUUAUAUUUUUUUAAUAUUCAGCGCUUUUUCACAUGAAAAGACUGGGACUAGAUAAUUUGGGGACGGGGCGGAGGAAGGACACAAGCCUGACGCAAGCGAAAAUAUAGAAGGCCUAGUGGAUUUCCCAACAACAAGGCCAAAACUUCCCUGAAACUGCCCUGAUUGCGAAAUGCCCAAUUGUUGCGUUCUCAAACAGAAUUAUUUGCAACUUAACAGCGAAUUUAAACCGAUACAGGUAAAAUAAACUCAUUUAUAGUAUAAACUUACUAUUUUUAUUUGUAUACACGUUUAGAAAAUCGGGGUUUUUAUCAUAAAGUUUGAAACAACACUAUUUAUAUAUGUUGACAAGGUGUAGCGAAACGGCACAAAAUAAUAAUUCUUUUAUUCGCAAGACGAUCUACUGUUUUGCUUUGAAUAACUAUAUUUGCGAAUUGGGAAUGAGGAAUUUGAAAUUAGUGUUCAAAUAUUACAGAUAUACCAUUUGUAUAAACAAUGUACGUUUUUAUAUACAGUACUGUACGGGCUAAUAAUACAUGUAUCCGUUUUAUUUUGUAUAUUUUACAAACACAAGACUGCUUCUUGCCAAAAUUGAGAAAAUAUAUAUUAAUGUACUUGUGUAUAAGACAAAAUUUCAUGAAAGAUUCUACUUUUGGUAUAUAGGCCUAUUUUGACUCAUUUUGUUCUUUCGCUACACCUUGUCAACAUAUUAAAUAAUAGUGUUGCUUCGAACUUUAUGAUAAAAAACCGAUUUUCUAGACGUGUAUACAAGUAAAAAUAGUAAGUUUAUACUAUAAAUGAGUUUAUUUUACCUGUAUCGGUUUAAAUUCGCCGUUAAGUUGCAAAUAAUUCUGUUUGAGAACGCAAUAAUUGGGCAUUUCGCAACCAGGGCAGUUUCAGGGCAGUUUCGGCCUUGUUGUUGGGAAAUCAACUAGGCCUCCUAGGCUUGCUUCCUCCGCCCCGCCCCCAAAUCACCUAGUCCCAGUCUUUUCAUGUGAAAAACCGCUGAAUACUAAAAAGUAUAAAUAAGACUAGAAGGCCUAGGUCUAGGCUGACCAUUGACCACGUUGAAGAAAUUGUCAAUUCCCUAAAAGUCAGUUUUGUAAAUCGCCGAUACUUCUAUAUGAAUGAGUUCAAAAUUGGACUUAAUGCAUAUGGUUUGGGCGACCUAAUCUCUUCUCACCCAGAUAUCUGCAUUUUUCCUUGAAGAAUUCCAUGAUGUAACUUUACCCGACGGAGACUACCUUUUUAUCCUUCUGAAGCCAAAGUAUUCACCCGAGUCAACAACCAAACGAGUCAUCGAAGAAUCCAUGAUGCACCACUUGCAGGACCUCCUCAUAUCUUUUGAAGAUCAAGAAAUUACCACUAAAGAUAGCAGCUCCUAUAGCUUGCAGAGAAGGUGAUGAUGAUGGUAUUGACGGAGAAGCAUUUCAAAGCACUAGUAGCACAGCAGAAGACGUUUUGGAGGAAGCCGAUCUAUCAGUUGCCGGCAUUAUGGGUUUGUUAACUGGACAAAAGCACAAGCAUAUGUUUGAAAAACAACCUACGAUUACUGUCCAUUUUCACGAGUGCCUUGCUUGUGGCAAGAAUCUCACUCUUCCUGUUGCCCAUAUGAAGAGCAAAGAAGAAUUCAAAAACAUUUUUGUUAACGGGCAGGAAUUUGCUAAACCAUAA